AUGUGUGACCUGUUAUCGCUUCGCGCCGCAGGGGGGCGCUGUGGCUCAGACAGUCUCUGCUCUGCGGCGCCCCCGGUGGCAGGGCGGGGGAAGUGUCGCUCAGCCUGUGUUUGCGCGCAGGCAGCGCCGCAGACAGCCCGGGGCCGCGAGCGGGUGGGGGGGUCCUCACAGUCUGACGGUUUGAACGGCUCGCGGCUGCCGACAGCGCGUGAGGGACAGUCCCGAGUCUCCAACUGCCACCGCCCUCACCCACCGCCACCGGCCCCUCCGCCCCGGCACCGGCCGCCCCGGCACCGGCCCCUCCGCCCCGGCACAGCCCCGCCACCGGCCCCACCCCGGCCCCACCGCCCCGGCACAGCCCCGCCACCGGCCCCUCCGCCCCGGCACCGGCCCCGCCACCGGCCCCUCCGCCCCGGCACCGGCCCCGCCACCGGCCCCACCGCCCCGGCACAGCCCCGCCACCGCCACCGGCCCCUCCGCCCCGGCACCGGCCUCACCACCGGCACCGGCCCCACCACCGGCCCCACCGCCCCGGCACCGGCCCCACCCCGGCGCCACCGGCCCGGCACAGCCCCGCCACCGGCCCCUCCGCCCCGCCACCGCCAACACCCAACCCCGGCUCCAACCGCCAACUCCGCGGCCUCACAGCCUCCGCCAACACCGGCCUCCAGCAACCAGAGCCGCCGCCGUCAGACGACCCCGGCCCGGCAGCGAGUCCCGCCAGAGCCGCGGCCGCCGCCGCCACAGCCCCGGGUCCCGCCAGAGCCCCGGGUCCCGCCAGAGCCCCGGGUCCCGCCAGAGCAUGUUGAUCAGGUGGAGGUGGGUAACCGGGUUACGGGGUAA